GGAUCGAGUCGAUAAAAUCCUAUUCAAACAAUUUGAAUAAACAUGCCGAUAAAACAUUCGCCCCCGACCCCGAGAGAAGGUAUAAAAGAGCGUGGAUAGGGUUUUGAAUUUCUUUGCCGCCAACCGAAGAAUCUUGCCCUCCGCUUCAGUUUUUCAGGAAAUUGAACUCGUAGGGGCAGAUCUAAAGAGAGAUGUCGAAUGUAACAGUCUGUGCACGUUUUAGACCGCUAAGUUCAAAGGAGAAAAGAGAUCAAGGGAACAGCGUCUGUGUCAAAGGCAUUGACAAUGAAACUUUUGUUUUCAAGGAUGAGAAGGAAGAAGAGUCUAUAUUCACCUUAGAUAGGGUCUUCCAUGAGGAUUCUGCACAAGCUGCUGUUUAUCAAUUCCUGGCUCUGCCAAUUGUCCGAGAUGCUGUGAAUGCUAUAAACGGAACAAUCAUAACUUAUGGACAGACAGGAGCUGGGAAAACGUAUUCCAUGGAGGGACCGGGUAUACAGGACAGCAAUGAGCACAAGAAAGGAUUAAUUCCAAGGGUAGUUGAUGGGAUGUUUGAGCACAUAAGUUCUUCCAAAGGGAUUGCUAAAUACGCAAUCAAAUUGUCUAUGGUGGAAAUCUACAUGGAGAAAGUCAGGGACCUGUUGGACAUAUCAAAGGAAAACAUACAGAUCAAGGAGAACAGAGGACAAGGAAUACUAUUGUCAGGUGUCACAGAGGUGGCUGUAAUGGAUCCUGCAGAAGCGAUACAAUACUUAUGUACUGGUUCAGCUAACCGAGCAGUUGGGGAAACCCAGAUGAAUAUUUCCAGCAGCAGAAGCCAUUGUAUUUACUUAUUCACAAUCCAGCAAGAGUUGAUUAAAGAAAAGAGGGUAAGAAAUGGAAAACUUGUUCUAGUUGACCUAGCUGGUUCAGAGAAAGCAGACAAAACCGGCGCUGAAGGUAGAGCUCUUGAAGAAGCGAAGACAAUCAACAAAUCUCUUUCGGCCUUGGGAAAUGUGAUAAAUGCACUAACAAGUGGCUCACCAAGCAAAUUGAACCACAUUCCAUAUCGCGAUUCCAAGCUUACUCGCAUUCUUCAAGAUGCUCUUGGCGGUAACUCACGCACUGCACUUUUAUGCUGUUGCUCACCAAGCACUUGCAAUGCAUCUGAAACGCUCUCAACCCUCAGGUUUGGCUUAAGGGCAAAGCAUAUCAAAGCGUCACCAUGCACCAAUAAAGAUAAAUCUGCCAGGAUUCCAGGGGAACCCUCUGUUACCAAAGACGAAAAAAAACAGGGGAAGAUCCUAGAGAAGAUGAAAGGGAGAAUGAUUGGUGAAGACAUAAAGCUGCUAGAAGAACUGUUCAUACUGGAGGGAAUUAUGUUCGACCUUGAUACAGUUGAAGAAGUGGACACAGAAUACGAAGAUACUGUUUCAGAGACCAUCUACUCCUUACAAGAAACCAUUGAGGAACUCCAACUCGCUAUAAAGAAGCUAAAAGCCGAAAACAAGGCUCUGAGGGCACAAGGCCAAGGAGGAUUGGCAAGUCAAGUACCCGGUGAACUGUGCACAGAAACCUCCGGGAAGCCACAUCAUCUUGGAAAGAUGUUGGGGUUCAUCAGCUCCAUCGUCUCUCCGUAUGUGCCUUUUUCUACACUUAAAAUGCUCAGGUGACUAGUGCAUACAUUUUUUUCAAUUGGAUUGCGGGGAAAGUGCCUUCAAUAAGCAAUGAUUCCAUGAGGUUGUGGUUGCCAUGAUCUUAUUGAAUGCUACGUCUCACGGCUUCCAGACCAAAAAAGGAAUAUAAAAGUAAAAAAGGCAACAAAAGAGUCCAAAAUUAAAAGCAAUAUUACAUAUGUACCACCGCGGCCCGGGAAUAUACUAAUCAAAAUUAUAUUUUGAGUAUCCCAAGAAAGAUGGUGCUAUGUGGAUUUGACUAGUUCAGAAGGUUGACAAUCAUCACUUGGAUCGGAGAAAGAACCAGACAUAAGGUUUCGCAAUCAGAGUUUCUUUUUGACAGAAGUUUUGGUUUCAUCAUCCAUGGAGGAGCAGCCAAUCCAGAGCCUCAUCGCCCUAUUGGAUUCUCUCCAAACAUUUAGAUGGGAGGUGUCGGAGUCUGUGACACAAGUGCUCUCCCAGGACUCCCACGUCCUGUCUCUGCCGUUGAUGGGGCGAUGUUUCGGCCUCAUAAAGACAAUGAACGGCCGCUUCGCCCUCCUCAUAUCUCGGGUAGACCAUCCCAUGCGUAGAUGGGAGGGCGUUUGUGUCAAAGAGUACAUGAGCUACACGUUGUCUCUCCUUGACCAACUCAACCUCAUCACCUCUUCCCUCUCCCAUCUGUCUCAGUCUCUGCUAUGGCUCUCCCACGCCUUGAGCCUCCUCCAGGAUUCCUCUACAACUUCAGCCCUUUCUCAUCUCAAACCUAUCCAACCAUCUCUAGCUGUGAUUCCAAAUAGAGAACUUUCACCAAGCCAACCAUGUGAUGAUGGCUCCAAGAAGGAGAGAAUUGUGCAUCAGGCCAUACAGGACAUGCAGAAUAUUGGGUCAUGGGUUUGUGGCGCCCUCUUGUCUGCUCUCACUGGCAACACCAAACCUUACUUGGAAACCAAAAGAUCCAUUCGCAACUUCACUGCUUACUCUCUGUUCUUGACGUCUGGUUUGGGAAUCUUUGAUGGUAUGAUGGGAGGAGAGACAAGUACUACAUUGGUAGAGGUGACAAGGGUUAACCAUGCGGUGGCUCGCCUUGAGGUCUCGUUAACAAAAGGAGAACUCUGCAGCAGAGCUGCAGAGGAUCUGCGGAGGGAACUCAAUUCACUGCAGAGAGAAAAGGAGAAACUCAUCAAAGAGGUAGAUGGUGUCUUCUCUGAGAUAUUGGAUUCCCGAAAUCAACUGCUUUCUACGCUUCGAAGCUGCUGAUUUACAUCACAUUUCACUCGUACCCGCAAAGGAUUUAUAUACUUAUGCCAAACGAAAAAUGCAGUUACACUGCUUAUACCCUAUCAGCUGUCCCUUGUGUCCAAUAUUUCCAGUUACCAUGGUCUUUAUCUGUAUCCUAUUCGAUAUCACGUGAUUUGCAGGUUUUCACAAGACUUGUCUGUUCUGAAACUCAAAAUGGUGUUAAUAAUGGAAUCUGUACUGUAAGUCCGGAGAGAAUAUCAAGAGCAGUUGUUUAGAUAAAUGGUGCUUACUAUAACCUGCUGACUUUGCCCAACAUUUUCACAGCGCUUAGAGGAGCAUCAAUACCACACUGGAAGCCACCUAUAGAACAUGGAGGAAAUUCAACAACGGAAGAGAGAUUGGGAGAGAUUUUCUGUUGAAUUAAUAUGAAAAUGAAGUACACAGCUAUUUAUACUAAAACCAAACCACAUACUCUAAUACGCCCCCAUAAGAUGACAGGAUUUUUAUCUUGAACAAGUACAACCAAAACAUUACAACCACAAAACAAAUAAAAAAAAA